GACGCCAGUUAGAAUUCGCCUCUCUUGGCGAUCACAUAAAAAAUGACGCGAUCUUCGCCAGCGUCGGUGACUGGCAAGGCCAUCUUGUUCGCAUCCCUCGUAUACCUCCUAAUCCACACGUGCCGCGGUCAGUUUGCUUUUUCGUCGCCCACAAGAGGGGCAGUAGCGUCCGCCGGCGGAGUCACGGUGGUAGCUGAACUCCCUGGACUCGGAGCACUGAAUGGCUUGCUCAAUGGAUUGAACCAUAACUUAUUUCCGCAGCAGCAACAGCAGCAGUUCCAAAGGCAGCAGCUGGGUCACAGGCAUCGAAUGCCGGGACAUGGUCAGCCCCAACAGCAACAAGCUCCACCAGGUUGGCCUCCCGGCUGGCAGUGGGGAGCCGGGAACAACCAAAAUCAACCUGGAUUCGGAUGGAACCAACCAGGAUUCGGACCUGGCUGGAAUGGAGGCGGUGGCAUGGGUCCGGGAUGGAAUGGAGGCGGUGGAGGCAUGCCUCCAGGUUGGAAUAGGGGAGGAGGCUGGAAUGGUGGCCCAGGCUUUAAUGGAGGCGGCGGGAGAGGUCCCCCACCAAGACCAGGCUGGAAUGGAGGGGGACGACCACCACCACCAGAAUGGAACGGAGGAAUGGGUCCCCCUCCAAGACCGCCCUGGAAUGGAGGCGGCGAACCACAACCCCCGCCAGAAUGGAACAACAACCAACCGAAUCCUAAUCCACCAAAACAGGAUGGGGUUGAUCCAAGGGAGGAGAGCACAACGCCUAGUACACCCACUGCGCCGGUAACGCAGCCAACUUUCCAGCCACGCCCACCAACCAAUCAGCCCACACAGGACACGCUGAUCAUUGGCACUAAUCGACCGCCGCUGGUGCCGCCCCAGAACCCUAGUACGCCAUCACCACCUGUGCCAUUGCCGACGGCCCAACCUUAUCACAACGUGGAGGUGUCCGAGGAACGUGGCAUAAUCUUUCCCAGCUCGGCGCAGUACAUCCAUCAUCCCAUCCAGGAGACCCGUUCCCAGCCAAUAGAUGUGAGGCGGAGAUGAAUCUCCGGAGCGGGAUUCCCCCCACCGACACUGGUUGGAUAUUCGGU